GGCAACCCAGCAGUUUCCUGGUGCUCUUUCUGCCGCAUGUGCUCCAGACAGUAGAGGCUGAAGAGCAGCAGCGUGGUGACUUUGAGGAAAACGUGAAGGCUCUCCCUUUUAGAGAGCUCCCCAAGUCUAUAAAAUAACAGAGCCGCAGCCAACAUGCUUGUGUUAUUUGAGACCGCCGCUGGAUAUGCAAUAUUUAAAGUCCUCGAUGAAUCCAAGCUUCAGCAGGUCGACAGCCUGUAUAAGGAGUUUCAAACCCCUGAAAAAGCAAAUAAAAUUGUGAAGCUGAAGCACUUUGAGAAGUUUCAGGACACAACAGAGGCCUUAGCAGCUGCCACUGCGCUUGUUGAGGGGAAAAUUGGCAAGAGUUUGAAGAAAGUGCUGAAGAAAGUUGUCGCCAAGGAGGCUCACGAGCAGCUGGCCAUCAGUGAUGUAAAGCUUGGUGGGAUUAUUAAAGACAAGAUGGACCUGAGCUGCGUCCACAGCCCUGCUGUAGCUGAACUCAUGAGGUGCAUCAGGAGUCAGAUGGAGAGCCUCAUCACUGGGCUUCCUCCCAGGGAGCUCAGUGCCAUGUCUCUGGGGUUGGCUCACAGUUUAUCCCGCUACAAGCUGAAGUUCAGUCCAGACAAAGUGGACACUAUGAUCGUGCAAGCCAUCUCUCUUUUGGAUGACCUGGAUAAGGAGCUUAACAACUACAUUAUGCGCUGCAGGGAGUGGUAUGGCUGGCACUUUCCUGAGCUGGGAAAAGUCAUCACAGACAACUUGGCCUACUGCAAAGCUGUCCGCAAAAUUGGUAAAAAAAAUAAAUAAAUAAAUCUGCAUUUG